AUGCGGAAUCCGCUCCGUGCUGCGGUGGCGGCGGGUUUGAAACUUGGAAGCAGCACUGCUAAAGCCAGUGGACUUCGAGGAAACACCAGCGGGACACAACCACGCAGUCCUGAACCCGGGAUCAGCUUUUAUCAGGGUCUCGGCGUCCUCGCCGCUCAUAUUCUCCUCCUUGUUGCCCUCCUCACUCUACUCGCUCUCACCAUCCGCAACAAUGGCUUCGCGAGGACACCCUUAACCAAAAACGAUUUCCUCGAUUCCGUUGGCAUGGAGUGGAGCAUUCUCUGGCAGUCUCUCCCGCCAUUCAUAAUCUCGCUCUUUGCUCUAUGCCGGAACUGGCUUGUCGACGAGGCGCUGCACCAUAUCUCGCGUGCCGAUAUUGAGAACAGCGCCAGGGGUGUGAAAGACGCUUCUCUCCUGCUGAUUCUCAAGAAUCCGUCCCCAAACCGUACCUUCAACUACCUCGAGAGACUCAUGCCCUCCCGUCCUUGGCAUGCCUUUCGCAACGGCGACCUCAAUCUCGCCACCGCCCUCGUGCUGAGCAUCUUCGUCACGUUUGUCCUACAACCGCUUAUGGCUUCGCUCAUCGCGCCGCAGGAGUCAACUUUCCUCAGCCCAGUCACAGUCCAGCACCUAGUGAGCUUCAACCGCUCUCGGCUUUCUUCUCUCACGCCCUCGCAAUGGAAUCUCAUCACCGACUCGACCACCGCCGAGGUCCUGCACACGGGAGCGCCUGCGCCGUGGACGAACGGCACCCACGCCUUCCUUCCCUUCUCUCCCGCCACCCCUAUUCAGCGAGACGGAGAACGUGUAACCCUUUCGGCGCCGUCGACCGCCUACGCCGCGCACCUAUCGUGCACACGCCUUUCCACCUUCAACCUGACCCUCGACGACCUCGGGAGGCGCACGGGCUUCUUCCAGGCCCGCAUCACCGCAACCGACCGCUCCUGUGCUAUAUCGUACAUGUUCACGUUCAGCCCGGUCCUCCGCCCGCUCGUGGUCGAGGCGUUUCACCAGAAAGCGUGCGGCCUCGCCAACGGCAUUACGCGCAUACUGGUGCUGACGGCAACUGCUACCUUCGACAACAGUACGGAGACCGCGAGCAUGGCAGAUACCGCCCUGAUAUCCUGCAUUGCCGGGUACAGCGCCACACCUGGAGAACUGACCGUGUCUUGGCCGCCGCCCGAGGCUGCCGCCGCUGGGAAUGGCACUACCAACACUACAGCCGACACAGACCCGAUGUUUGUCGGCUUCGUGGCAACUGAACCGGUGGUGCCGACCAAGGACUUUUCGCACGAGUUGUUCGAGGAGGAUCUGCUGGGGCUUCAGGAGGUGCAGUGGGGAUCGCUGAACGAGGGGGCGGCGAGCACGAAGAUGGCGCAGUUUGCACUGGGCAUCGCGGCUGAGAGAAGACUUGAACGAGGCGAGGAGGAGAAGAGUGCCAACGAGACAGCCCUUGCAGUGAUUCAUGACCCCGCGCUACUGGAAGACGCGCUGCCGCUGGCGUUUGCCUCGAUAUACAGGGUGGCGGUAGCGAGGGAAGGGGUGGUGCCUAACACAGCGGAUGUCGAUGGUGAGGGCGUCAUGGGGCGCUUGGAGACGGUUGAGACGAGGCUAUUUGCUCUAAUCGAAUACCACCAUAACUACCUAGGGAAAUGGACCCUGCUGACAUGCCCUGUGGGCUCAUGCAGUUGUCUGUCAGCUGUUGAUCCGCUUCCCAUCAUGAUCCACCUCCCUACUUAUGAUGACAACGUUUUCGGAACCAAUGUGGAAGUUGCCACCGAAGCCGAAGUUGCCCAACACGCCCACGUUUUCGUAGUCAUGGCCGGCGCGGUCUGGGCGUCCAACUCUUCCUUCCCUACGGGCUAUCCAGUGGUCGAGAGUACCGGUAUCCGUGUCUCCCCCUGCGAUGGCUUCUAA